GAUUUUUUAUUAUGUGAACUAUAUCACGCUAAGGACAUACAAAGCAUAGCAGUGCUGAUAUUUCCCCCUUUCUUUUUCCCCCACCACUGUAUGGUCCGCAGAUCCGUAUGAUAUUGACAAAGCUCGGAAAUGCAGUGGAUGUGCGGCAGGAAAAGCUAUCUGCUCUGGAAGCGAAGAACAAACCAACAUCAGAGCAGCUCUCUGGCUGGAGCGCACUCUCGUCCGCGAUCAGCAACAUGUUAAGCCAACCUCCACCCAAGACAGCCGUUGUGGACCCAGCAAUCUAUGUUCGUGAGCUCAAAGGACUACGGGACAUGAUGAGCCUAAUUGGCGAGGUCUUUGACCUCUAUCCGAGCGUUGUCACUUCAUUUGAAAAACAACACCAGGGUACACAGGACCGUGGAAGCACAAUCACAGUAGAGCAGUUAGAAUCGCUCGUGCCACCUCUAGAAGAAGAGGAAGAAUCAAGGUUGCUGGGACCCGAGAGACAGCGCAAGUAUGUGCCUCGUGGUUUAAUCAGGAGGCCAGCUGACGAUUUAAAAGGGUCUGGACCACGAUCGGAGGAACUGGUGUUGACGUAUGAAAGCGAGUUCCUGGUGAAGCUGGCGCGGCAGGCUGAGGAUCACUUAGCGCCCAAGUGGCAGAAUGCGGUGAGGCGAGUGCAUGGGUGGAUUCCUCUACCUCAAAAGGUCGUUUCGAGCAGAGUGCAUCUGCGGUGGUUGGCAGCGAUCCCUAACUUGACAGCACUUGCGACAGUUAUAUUGGCAAUUCUCGGGUUCUACAUGAUUUCCGCAUAUCUAUCAUCUCUAGGACAGCAUAUGCCUCGUCAUAGUCCGCAGGAGCCGCACAUUAACCGGAAGGCAGUAGAGACCGAUGGUCCAGUGCUGGGCCGGUAUGAUGCCCAUGUGCAGCCAGUGCAGCCUGUGUAUCGGUGGGAGAAGCCUGGAAGCGGACAGACGACGCUUGGAUCUCAUGGGUCCCAUCAUGGACAGACGGUUAGGACUCGACCUUCACGGACAGCAGCGACCGUGGAGCCUCGUUACACGAUUGAGUUGCACGGCAUUUAAGAAGAGUCCGGUUCAAUUCAGGCCAGCAAUCCUAAUAAACUCUGCUUGAAAGCAUACGUGAAAUGAACAAAUAGUGCCUUAUGCUUUAUGCUUAUGCUAGGU